AUGCCAAGCCAGAGGCCACAAGGCUUCCGCCGGGUGCUGCUGGCACUGGUGGCCACGCUGGGCUGGCUGAUGGCCUUACAGUUGCUGGUGGACCUGCGGCUGCUGGGGCUGCUCUGUGGGCUGCUGGCAGCACUGGGGGGCUGGCUGGGCCCCCGAGCUCUCAGUCCCCCUGGCCGGCGGCUGCGGCUGGAACGUUUUAUCAGCUCACUGCAGCCACAGCCCCACUGCCCAGAAGCUAAGGAGCAGCUGGAGAGGGAGAUCACCAGCACCAUCCACAAAGUGGUGCGGGACUUUGUGGCCUCCUGGUACUGCACUGUCAGCAGGGAGCCAGCCUUUGAGGCUGAGGUGGAGAAGGCCAUGACCGGCCUGGCCGCUGAGCUGAGGCAGCGGAUGGGGCGAGUGGACCGCCAAGCCCUGGCUCACCGCAUCCUCCUCCUCUGCGGCCAUCACUUGCAGAGCUACCUGCAGGCCCAUGAGGCCCUGAGGGACAAUCCGGCAGGUGGCAGGACCCUGUGGCAGGAGUACAGCCGGCUGGCAGGGCCGCAUCCUGCCCUCCGCAGCCCUGCAGCUGAGCUGGGCUAUGCCCGGGCUGCGGUGGAGAUGCUGCUGCGGGCGCUGGUGCCAUGGCCGCACCUGGAGACGCGGACAGGACGCUUCGUGGUGGUGGAGCUGGUCACCUGCAACGUGCUGCUGCCGGCCGUCAGGAAGAUGGCUGAUCCUGACUGGAUUAACCUGCUGCUCAUUGGGGCUCUCUCCAAGAAGCCCCGGGCUGAGAAGCCACCCCCAGCACCCCCAGUGCCUGAUUGCUUGCCAUUCACGGUGCCGACGGACGCUGUCCCUACCAGGUUGUCACCUACCCCAAGAGUCACAGAGGUGCCCAGGCAAGAAGCUGGGGCUGCUGGUGAGAAGGGAGAGGACUCAGUGAGUGGUCUGUGCCCCCCAGAAGAGCCCUUCCUCCGGCCACGAGCCCUGGGCAACCUCUUUCCCUGCGAGGGUUUGGAGCUGGAGUCCCCCGCACCCGAUGUGGGCCAGGACAUGGAUCUGCUGGCACCAUCACCUGCAGGGGAGUUCCUUGAUGAAUCCCUCCAGGACACCUCCAGUGUGCUGGAGGGACCAGAAAAUGGCAUGGGGGAUCAGGAGGAAGGCAUUGCCACCAACUCAGAUGCUGGCCUGCUUUCCACCUCUGCUUUUGCACUGAGCUCCUGCCCUGACAUCCAGAUCAACCCAGCAGUUGAGAAGGAAGUGGAAAGCCCAGCUGUGCCCAAGAAGUCCUCCUCACAGAGACCCUCCAGCUUGGGGAAAGAUCUGGGGGCAACAGAGGGCCCACUACAAACCCUUGCAGACUCCAGGCACACUCUGCCCCUGCUCACAUCCUCCCCAACAGCUUCCAUCAGCACCUUCAGCUUUGAGCCCCUCAGCAGCCCCGACGGGCCGGUUGUCAUCCAGAACCUGCGGAUAACUGGGACCAUCACUGCCCGAGAGCACAGUGGGACUGGCUUCCACCCCUACACCCUCUACACUGUCAAGUAUGACACAGCCCUGGAGGGUGAGAGCACAGGCAGCCUCCAGCAAAUGGCUUACCACACCGUGAACCGCCGCUACCGCGAGUUCCUCAACCUCCAGACCAGGCUGGAGGAGAAACCUGAGCUCCGCAAGUUCCUGAAAAAUAUCAAAGGCCCAAAGAAGCUGUUCCCUGAUCUCCCAUUUGGAAAUAUGGACAGUGAUAAAGUGGAAGCCAGAAAGAGCCUGCUAGAAUCUUUCCUGAAGCAAUUGUGUGCAGUCCCUGAGAUUGCAAACAGUGAGGAGGUGCAGGAGUUCCUGGCCCUCAACACCGAUGCCAGGAUUGCGUUUGUCAAGAAGCCCUUCGUUGUCUCCAGGAUAGACAAGAUUGUUGUCAAUGCCAUUGUGGACACCUUGAAGACAGCAUUCCCCAGGUCAGAGCCCCAGAGCCCCACGGAGGAUCUGAGCGAGUCUGAAGUGGAUGGGAAAUCGCAGACAGAUGGGAAGAAGACAAACAAGUCCAGGCUGAGAUUCUCCUCCAGUAAAAUUACUCCAGUGCUGAGUGUGAGUGAAGCUCAUGACAGGAUCUUGUACUCUGUCAGGGAAGGAAGUGCUGUCUCUGGCACCCUGUCCCUGGCUGCUAUGGAGUCCUUCAUCCAGAAGCAGGAGAAGCUGCUGGAGGCUGUCCCCAGCAAGGCUCCUGAAGGCGAGGGAGGCAGAGAAGUUAAAGAAAGCUCCAUGCAGGAGGACAUAGAUGGACUGGGCACAUCAAAGCAUGGAACACAUCCAGACACAGACCCUGACUCUGAAACAGCUUUGGCUGACCUGGCCCUGGAUGUGCUUCGUCUGCUGCUGAUGGAUCACUGGAGCUGGCUGUGCACAGAGAACAUCCAGAAGAUCUGCAACCUGCUCUUUGGGACCCUCAUUCAAAGGUGGCUGGAAGUCCAAGUGGUUAACCUGACCUGCACCCAGCGUUGGGUCCAGUACCUCCAGUUGCUCCAGGAAUCCAUCUGGCCUGGAGGAGUUUUACCAGCAGUGCCUAAACCAGCCAGGACAGAAGAACAGAAGAAAGCAGCAGCAGAGCAAGCCCUGCAGAGCCUGAUGGGGAUCUUGCCUAAUGUAAUCCAAGAAGUUCUUGGGACCAGUAAAUGUCAGAUGAGCUGGAAGCUGGUACUGGAGUCCCUGGGCCAGCCUGUGAUAAACAGGCACCUGGUUUUCUGCCUCUUGGAUAUUCUGCUGGAGUUCCUGGUUGUGAAGGGCUCCAGUGAUGAGCUUGGGACCGCAGCUGUCACACCAUCUGCCUCUAGAGGCCUGGAGCAAGCAGGCAUUUCAGCACACUGCCCAGGGCUGCUGUAG